GCAUUUUGUGCUUUAGAGCUGGUUCGCACCUCGCUAACAGCAGCACAGGGGAACGGAGCUUAAAACACUGAGGAACUGAGAAAGGAAGUGCAAGGUUUAAAGGGAUUUUAGACGCUGAAGCAGAGGAAACAAAACACUUUGGUAUCUUCCUAAAAGAACAGGCUGCAAGAAAUGAUAUUCAUCCUCUGCUUCUCUCUUCCUGAAGCUGUGGAACUGUAAUUGGAACAGAUUCCAGGUGGAAUUCACACAGUUCGAGCUUCCAACAGAUUGUAAUGGCAGAGAAAUGCUACCAAGCCUUACACAAUACCACUCCCACAUCCAACAGCCUGGUAGGAACUCAAAAGCAAGACGGUCAGGCUAAUUGCACUUUGGAUGGCAGCAGCCUCCGGGUCCUUCUAGCCAUCUCCUACUCAAUCUUCUUCCUGUUGGGCUUAGUUGGCAACCUCCUGGCUCUUUGGGUGUUCCUGCGUCUGCACUCCAAGAAGAAUUCGGUGCGAGUUUUCCUCAUCAACUUGGCGGUGGCUGACUUGCUCCUUGUGGUCUGCCUGCCCUUCCGGAUAGCCUACCAUGCCAACAAUGACUGCUGGGUCCUGAAUCCAAUAAUCUGCAAGGUGGUGGGCAAUGUCUUCUACAUGAACAUGUACAUAAGCAUUGUCCUGUUGGGUCUGAUUAGCAUCGACCGUUACCUGAAGUUGCAAAGGAUCUCCAGCAAGCAGAGGUUUCUCAGAAGUAGAGAGAGCAUACUCACAUGCUGCCUUCUCUGGGUGGUGGCUAUUGCUCUGAUAUUACCAUAUAUUGCCCUGAAUAAGCAAAACACACCAACCACUAAGUGUUUCCAUUAUAAACAGCUGCACAAUGCCAAAUGGAAGGGUUAUUUCAACUUACUCUUAGUGGUCACCUUCUGGGUGGUCUAUGGAGCCCUUGUAAUGUCUUACGGGAAGAUCGCAAUGGGGCUGUUGCGUGUCUCUCGGGAGAAGCCUGAUCUUCCAAAUGCAGUCAAGUAUGGCAGAACAGCUCGGAAAUCCUUCUUUAUUCUCUUUCUCUUCACUGUGUGCUUCGUGCCCUAUCACUUGGUGAGGAUCUUCUACAUCAUCUCCCAGAUCACAGAUGUCUCCUGCCAGUGGGUUGAGGUGGUGGACAAAACCAAUGAGAUAGCUCUGCUGCUGUCGGCCUUCAACAGCUGCCUGGAUCCAGUCAUGUACUUUGUGCUAUGUGGCUCUGUGCGCAGGACUGUGUUGCAGCUUCUGUGUAAAUGCAUUCGCCUGGCGGUUUCAGGACAUUCCAACAGCUCCUCCAAUGACACUGGGAGAACCCAACGGGAUCAGCUUACAGAAAGCGAGAUCACCACUUUGCGAAGAAAGACUCAGAUCAAACCUUUGGAUACAUGACUUUGUUACACUUACUUGCCUGGGUGUCAUGGAGAACUAUUAUUGAUAUGAUAAAUCUUCCAAUGCCUGGGCUUAAAGCAAUUCCAAACAACAAAGACUGAAUGUACUGAUGCAGUAAGCAAGAAUUAAUGCUCAAAACAAGAUAUCUAAUCAUAAGUAAUCACAAGAAAACACUAUGAAUGUUCUAAGCUGCUUAGUUUCAAACUUUGUAAACUUUUGUUUAUUGAUGUACAAAAUAUGUAAAAAUAUAAACAGAUGCUCUUUUAUUCUUUUGUUUUGGAAUGUAUCAGAAGUGCCUACUGAUGACUGGCAUUGUUAUAUUAUAGUAAAUAUGAUAAUACAUAACAAUAAAAUGAUUAAAAUGAAGAAGAAGA